UUGCUCUUGUAUGAAAGUAAAUGUAGCUGCAUUUUUAACAAUUUAAUAGAAAUAAUUUUAGGAGUACCUGAAUGUUUAUGUAAAAAAACAACAAAAGCACCUUUCAUACAUAAUGAAGUAACCCAAAGGCAGUCAUUUGCAGUGCUGUGUUGUGAAGGGUUGGAAGCUUGAAUGACCAAGGAGAGGUACAAGUGGAAUGCCUCCUAGUAGCCCUAACGCGUCAUUUCGUCAUUGUUACCCUCCCUCGGUCUAACAGCACACCCAUCACAUCUCCUCCUCCUUCCACCCCCCAGACAGACGCGGUCCUUUCAGACUCUGUCAAGCUCGGGCGUUGUCACGUAGCUCUUUGUUUGCUCUAUCGGGCGGGGAAGGCACUACAGGCAAAGCGGGUGAACGGCUGCAAAAGACAAGCGAACACCCAAGCGCGGCCUGUAGUCUGUUUGUGGCUGCAAGAUGGAUCUACCUACCCACCACUCCCGUCUUUUGCAGCAGUUGGAUGAUCAGAGAAGGAGGAACCUCUUUUGUGACUGUCGUAUCAUGAUAGAUGGACAUACAUUCAGGGCCCAUAGAAAUGUGCUGUUUGCAAGCAGCGGCUACUUCAAGAUGCUCCUGUCCCAAAGCAGCGGGGAAGUGGGCCAGCCAACUACAGCCACCUUUGACGUCUUCUCCGCUGACACCUUCACAGCCAUUCUUAAUUUUAUGUACUCUGGCAAGUUGCCCCUCUCUGGGCAGAAUGUCAUUGAAAUCAUGUCAGCAGCCAGCUAUUUACAAAUGACUGAGGUUAUUGGUGCUUGCAAAAUGUUUAUCAAAUCCUCGUUGAACAUAAAUGAGAAGGACAGGGAUGGUUUCUUAGACAUUUCUGACAAAGAGUCAGGUCAGCAAACUGGACAAUGUGGGCUUUACAGCACAGGCUGGGGUAUGGGCAGAUAUCAGUGUAAUCAGCCAGAAGGGGAUAUUAUUGCUUAUUUAGAAGCCAGCUCCUGUAAUCCUUAUGGGUUUUGCCCUAGAACUGAUGAACGUCCCUCUUCCCAGAAUAGUGUUUCAACGGCAUCCAUGAAAAUGUUAGACAGACACAGCAGGAUCCCCCAAAUGCCCAGCUCAACCUGUUCCCCAGAGGAACAUUCAGAAACAUGCAGAAUUCCAGAAACAGAUGACUCUGGUUGUCACAUUGAAGUAGAACUACCCCAGGGGGAGGAGACAGAAGCUUUUAUGAACUGUCAGACAGUGGUGCAACCAAGGACUAGAAGGCGGCAUUUACUAAACAGGGCAACAAAAGCUGAUGAAGUCUAUUCCAAAAUCAUGGGCAUCAAAGGCUGUUUAGGAGAAGAUAAUCUGCCAAGCUUGCACUUCAAAUGUCCCUUCUGUACCCAUACGGUUAAAAGGAAAGCAGAUCUAAAACGCCACCUGCUGUGCCACACUGGGGAGCGUCCAUAUCCUUGCCAAGCCUGUGGCAAGAGAUUCACCAGAUUGGAGCAUGUCCGCAGUCAUUAUCGAACUAUUCAUGAGGCAGGUAAGCCUAUCUGCCGGUGGUGCAAGCGGCAUGUUACUGACAAUUCAGGACAAGUGGUUCAAGAAGGGACAAGGCGUUUCCGAUUGUGCAACAAGUGUGUGGCAGAGGUUGGGGUUGGUAGCUUCCCAAAUGAGGUGGAUGAUGACGAACCAACUAUUAUCUUGUCAGGUGAUGAGGACAAGGAGCCAACUUGGAACUUCCAUGAUGGGAUACAGGCAUCAGAACCAGAGAUUAUAGAGGAUGUCUCUUCUGAUGAAGUCAUACAUAAAGUGGAUGAUAGCGAUGAGGAGAUCAAACCUAUUAUUUGCUAACCACACAGGCGUGUGUUGGAACAAACAUUGUAAUAAACACCCUAGAACUGCAGAGCAGUUGAAUUACCUAGGUGGACUAUGGCUGCACAAAUCAUUGAGACCUGCAUAUUUUCUGCAAAUCUUGAACUUGUGAGUUGUUUAAAUUAACAACGAUUUAUAGAUCAAAUAAUAAAAAAUAAAAAUGAGUGACUCAUUGGUUCAGUAAGCCAGGGGUCCCCAACCGUUUUCAGCCUUGAGCCAAAUUCAAAAGUAAAAAGAGUUGGAGAGCAACACAAGCAUGAAAAAAGUCCCUGGGAGUGCCAAAUAAGGGCUAUGAUUGUCUAUUUUGUAGCCCCUAUGUGGACUGGCAGCCUACAGAAAGCUCUAUUUGGCAGUACACCUGUUUUUUGUACAGGUAAAACUUUCCUCCAGGACUCAAAUUCAAAAAGUGGCCCCUGCUUUGAGGCCAGUGGGAGCAACAUCCAAGUGGUUGGUGAGCAAGAUGUUGCACGUGAGGUAUUGGUUGGGGAUCACUGCUGUAAGAUGAUUCAGGGAGAUUUUAAUUGUAAUCCUGAAUAAACUUUUUGUGUCCAUG